ACUUAAUAAGGAACAUGCUGUUUAAAUAUUAAAAGCUCGAAAUGGUAAAUGCAAUGUAUUUUUACUGCCAUCCAUCAGUAUUAUCAGUAUCUGACAGCCAAGGAGAACAUGUCAUUUAAUAUAAAUUUUAAUUUAUUUUGCGUUCUACUGCUAGUGGACUUUGGACAACCAGAAUAUGCAGAAUAUGUUGAUCCAGAAGAGCCCUUAGAUGAUCACCUAACAAGGCCAGAUGAGGAUGUGGCAAGUAGUGAUAAUGAGAUGACAGUGUCGUAUGAUUAUCACAAUGAAAACCAUGACAGUACUAACCACCCAGAUCCUCAAGUAGAUGUAUCAACUGAUAAUUAUUCCGAAUCCUACGUUGAUCAUUAUACCACUGGAAUGGAUUAUUUUGAAGAAAAUCAGCAAGAUACAGAUUACGGUCAGCAUGAUCCACACAUUGAACAUGAAAUUGAAGAUCGGAUAGUGCGAUAUGCGAUGCAUAAGUGGCGCGAAGAAAUUUGAAUUGUAUAGCAAAUAAAAUAACUUGGUUUUUUACUUCGA